UCUCCUCCCAUCUCUCUCUCUCUCUCUGUAAUGUCCGCCGGCAGCAAGCACCACCACGUCCUCCGCCUCGUCCUCUCGUGCCGGAAGAUCACGGCGGAGGUGACGAACCCCGUCGACUCCUCCAUCAUCGCCAUGGCCUCCUCCACCGAGCAGGAGUUCCUAGCCCGCACCCGCGCCAAGCUCGGCCGCUUCCCCCGCCCCCGUCCGGGCACCGGCGGCCUCUGGGACGCCAACGUCGCCUCCCGGGUCGGCGAGAAGCUGGGGUUCCGCCUGCGCGAGAUCGGCGUCACCGGUGUCGGGAUCGACCUCGCGGAGGAGCUCUCCCGGCCGAUCCGGCACCGCCAGAUGGUGUUGCCCCUGUUCGACUCGGUCCGCCGCGCGGGCGUAGAUGUCGAUGGGGCUGAGAAGCUGGGCAAGAUGAGGUUCUCGAAUCAGACGGUGGACUCCAUUGGACGGUCCUGAUUGGAUGAUCUGUUUCGGUGCAUAAUUUUUCUCCCUGCGAGUGUGACACAGUAGGAGAUGAGAGAGAGACGGAAAGAAUUAUGUAAUUCCUUUUGACUUGGAGAAGUACGAUUCCAAUUUUGGAUUGUUUGUUUGUUAUCAAUUAUCAUUUAUUUGUUUGAUAAUAGCAAGUAGAAAACAUUUUUCUUUUU